GGAGCAGACCCAUCUGGUGCGGGAAGCCCACCGCAGUGGACUGUACAGCGACCCCCUCCUCUGCAUUAUGCGUGUUCGGCCGGGCUCCCGAGAGCGAUUCCCGGCUGAGCGCAAAAGAGCGGCGUCCGGCGAAGAAGCGCUACCCCCGAAAAGUGCACGAUAGUGGAGCCGGAUGCGGCAGGCGCGCACCCUGCGGAGGAGGCUGCAAUAGGGAGCCGUGCCCGAGCGCUGGAAGGGAAGGGGGCCGCCAGCAGUGCAGCGAUAAAAGGGGCUGCUUUCCGUCGGACGGGACGGCCCGGGGGACCAUCAUCAUGCGCGUCCACGUCGGUACCCUGCGGGCUCUGGCGCUGCUGUCCUGCUGCCUGAGUGCAGGCGCGAUCACGAGGGGAGCGGCGAUGACGGAGGGACAAGAGAAACUGUUUGAGCAGCUGGGCGCCUACGAGAUCGCGAGCCCGGUGCGCGUCAACGACGGCGGGGAGACUUUCCCCAGCAGUGCGCACUUCAAGAGGCGAAGGCGCAGCCUCGAGGCCGCGGCGGACACGGAGUCCGAGCACUGGACCGCCUCCCGCGUCCACUACAAGCUGUCCGCCUUCGGACAGGACUUCCACCUGGACCUCAGGCCGGAGACGGCCUUCAUCGCGCCCCUGUACACCGUGUCCGUGCUGGGGGAGCCGCGCGCGAACUUCUCCGAAGAUCUGGAGGAGGACACCGAGUUCCAGCACUGCUUCUACAAAGGGCACGUCAAUGCAAAGGAGGAGCACACGGCGGUGAUCAGCCUGUGCUCCGGACUGCUCGGCACCUUCAGGGCCCCUGACGGAGAGUUCUUCGUGGAGCCCCUUCACAGCUACGGCGGGCGGCACUACGAGGAAGAACACAACAAACCUCAUCUUGUUUAUAGAAAGGAGGCGCCGAGCGGAGACCCUCCCCGGAGUGCGGCCGAGUGUGACACUUCAGGACAUAAACAGAGUCACAGAAGGCACCGCAACAAGGCGAGGAGGCGGCCGGGGAACAUGCUGGCCGAUCUGGACCGUUUAAGCGCGAGUUUCUCCGCGCGACCUUUCGACGAGACGGAAAACAAGCAAACAGCAGCUAAUGGAACCGGAGACUCGGGACCUCACAGGAGAUCAAAACGCUUCGUGUCCUACCCGCGCUACGUUGAGGUCAUGGUGGUGGCCGACAGCAAGAUGGUCGAGCACCACGGCAGCAACCUGCAGCACUACAUCCUCACACUGAUGUCCAUAGUUUCUUCCAUCUAUAAAGAUCCGAGCAUCGGAAACCUAAUAAAUAUCGUCAUUGUGAAGUUAGUUAUAAUCAAUAAUGAACUGGACGGUCCAAUUAUCUCCUUCAAUGCACAGACCACUUUAAAGAACUUCUGCAUAUGGCAGCAAACCCAGAACCAUCCGGAUGAUAACCACCACUCGCACCACGACACCGCCAUCCUCAUCACAAGGCAGGAUAUCUGCCGGGCGCGAGAUAAAUGUGAUACGCUGGGCCUGGCAGAGUUGGGCACGGUGUGUGACCCCUACAGGAGCUGCAGCAUCAGCGAGGACAACGGGCUGAGCACGGCGUUCACCAUCGCGCACGAGCUGGGUCACGUGUUCAACAUGCCCCACGACGACAGUAACAAAUGCAAGGAGGACGGCGUGAAGAACCAACAGCACGUGAUGGCGCCGACCCUCAACUACUACACGAACCCUUGGAUGUGGUCCAAGUGCAGCAGGAAAUACAUCACGGAGUUCCUCGACACGGGCUACGGCGAGUGCUUGGUCGAUGAGCCCGUAUCUAGGCCCUACAGUCUGCCCCAGCAGCUCCCCGGACGGAUAUACGGCGUUAAUAAACAGUGUGAAUUGAUAUUUGGGCCCGGAAUGCAGGUGUGCCCAUAUAUGACGCAGUGCCGACGGCUGUGGUGCACGAGCCCUGACGGCGCGCAGAAGGGCUGCCGGACCCAACACAUGCCCUGGGCAGACGGGACCGAGUGCUUCCAGGGAAAGCACUGCAAACACGGCGUGUGUGUCCUGAAGGAGCACGAUCCCACCCCGGUGGAGGGCGCCUGGGGCGUGUGGAGCCCCUUUGGAAUGUGCUCACGGACCUGUGGCGGGGGCAUCAAGAUUGCCGUGCGCGACUGCAACCGACCCGUGCCCCGGAACGGCGGCAAGUACUGCGUGGGCCGCAGGAUGAGGUUCCGCUCGUGCAACUCGGAGCCCUGCUCCAAGCAGAAGAAGGACUUCAGGGAGGAGCAGUGCAGCGCCUUCGACGGCAGGCACUUCAACAUCAACGGUCUACCUCCCAACGUGCGCUGGGUCCCCAAGUACAGCGGAAUCUUGAUGAAGGACCGCUGCAAGCUGUUCUGCAGGGUGGCCGGGAGCACGGCCUACUAUCAACUCAGGGAUAGGGUCAUUGACGGGACGCCCUGUGGGCCGGACACCAAUGACAUUUGCGUUCAGGGCCUCUGCAGGCAAGCGGGAUGCGACCAUGUGCUCAACUCCAAGGCGAGGAGGGAUAAAUGUGGCGUGUGCGGAGGCGACAACUCCUCGUGCAAGACGGUCGCGGGCACAUUCAACAUCGUUCACUACGGAUAUAAUGUUGUUGUGCGGAUUCCCAGCGGUGCUACAAAUAUCGACGUGCGACAACACAGCUACUUAGGGAAACCGGAGGACGACAACUACCUCGCCAUUUCCAACAGCCGCGGGGAGUACCUGCUCAACGGAGGUUUUGUCGUCAGCAUGUUCAAAAGGGAAAUCAAAGUGGGAAACGCCGUGAUAGAGUACAGCGGCUCCGAUCACGUCGUCGAGAGAAUCAACUGCACCGACAAGAUAGAGGAGGAGAUCGUUGUCCAGGUGCUCUCCGUGGGCAGCCUGUACAACCCGGAUGUCAGGUAUUCCUACAACAUCCCCGUCGAGGACAAACCGCAGCAGUUCUUCUGGGACGCCUACGGCCCCUGGCAGGAAUGCAGCAGCCUCUGCCAAGGGGAGCGGAAGAGGAAGAUCCUCUGCAGCCGGGAGUCUGACCGCGUCGUGGUUUCGGACCAGCGGUGUCACGGGUCGCCGCCGCCGGCCGCCGUCGCCGAGCCCUGUAACUCCGAGUGCGAGCUCAGGUGGCACGUCGCGAGGAAGGGCGAAUGCACGGCGCAGUGCGGCCCCGGUUACCGCACCCUGGAGAUCUACUGCGCCAAGCACGUGGGCGCCGAGGGCAAGACGGAGAAGGUGGACGACCGUUACUGCGGCAACCGGCGCAAGCCCGACAGCAAGGAGCCCUGCGUGGGGGACUGCAGCCCCGGCGGCUGGGAGUACUCCCCCUGGACCGAGUGCUCCAAAAGCUGUGGCGGCGGGACGCGGCGGCGGGCGGCGGCGUGCGGGAAGUCUGGGGACUCGAGCCGCGACGAAAGCAAGUGCAACCAGCAGGAGAAGGUGACCGCGCAGCCCUGCAACGAGUUCCAGUGUCCCCGGUGGAAGAGCGGGGACUGGUCUGAGUGCCUGGUGACCUGCGGAAAGGGCUACAAGCACCGGCAGACCUGGUGCCAGUUCGGAGAGGAUCGGCUGGACGACCGGUUCUGCGACUCCUCCAAACCGGAGUCGGUGCAGGCCUGUCAGCAGCAGGAAUGCGCUUCCUGGCAGGUCGGACCUUGGGGGCAGUGCACCACUUCCUGCGGCGCGGGGUACCAGAUGAGAGCCGUGAAAUGCGUCGUGGGAUCGUACGGCUCCGUCGUGGACGACACCGAGUGCAACGCGGCCACCAGGCCCACCGACACCCAGGACUGCGAACUUUCCCCGUGUCCCGACGCUCAUCCCGCGCCGCCGGACUCGAAAGCAUCGUCUCCACCCGGCCACAAAACCCAGUGGCGGUUCGGAUCCUGGACGCAGUGCAGCGCAACCUGCGGCAAGGGGAUGAGAAUGCGCUACGUCAGUUGCCGGGACAACCAGGGGGGCGUGGCCGAGGAGUCGGCAUGUUCCCACCUGCCCAAGCCGCCGGCCCGCGAGGUCUGCUCCGUGGUGGCCUGCGGUCAGUGGAAGGUCCUCGAGUGGACGCUGUGCUCCGUGUCCUGCGGUCAAGGCAAAGCCACUCGGCAGGUGGUGUGCGUGAACUUCAACGACCAGGCCGUGGACCUGAACGAGUGCGACCCAGAUGACCGUCCGGCCACCGAACAGGAGUGCGCCAUGCCCCAGUGUCCCACGCGGCCGGACCCCUCCGACACCAAAAAGGCGCCCCUGCGCGGGACGGGCCGCGCCCAGUCGCAGCAGUGGAGGACGGGACCCUGGGGAGCGUGUUCCAGCACGUGCGCGGGCGGCUUCCAGAGGCGCGUCGUCGUGUGCCAGGACGAAAACGGAAACCCGGCCGGCAGCUGCGAGGAACGAUCGAAGCCCGCCGAGCAGCGGUCCUGCGAAUCCGGGCCUUGUCCGCAGUGGGUUCACGGGAACUGGGGCGAGUGUACGAAGCCCUGCGGAGGAGGGAUAAAGACUCGGCUGGUCGCGUGUCAGCGGCCCAACGGGGAGCGCUUUAACGAUCUGAGCUGCGAAAUCCUGGACAAGCCGCCCGACAGAGAGCAGUGCAACACUCAGGCCUGCCCCUCGAACCCCCACUGGGAGACCGACCCCUGGAGCUCGUGCUCGGUCGUGUGUGGAAAAGGAUACAAGUACCGCAAGGUGACCUGCCUGUCUCGGUCCGGAAGGCCCGUUCCAGAGGAGAAUUGCGCGCAUUUGGCCCGGCCCAGCAAGCAGAAACGGUGCCGAGGAGGCCGCUGCCCAAAGUGGAAGACCGGGAGCUGGGGAGAGUGCAGUAAAAGCUGCGGAACGGGGUACAGACGGCGAACGGUCCUGUGUCUAAGUGCCGACGACACGGAGGUACACGACACACACUGCACAAGUCAGAAGAAGCCUGCGGACACAGAGGUCUGCAACACACAGGCCUGCGAGUUCGUGUGGAUCACCGGCGAAUGGUCAGAGUGUUCGGUCAGCUGUGGACAGGGCUACCAGAGGAGGCUAGUGUCCUGCAGUGAAGUGCACUCUGGGAAAGACCAUUAUGAAUACGGCUACCAGUCAUCAUCAAGCUGUCCCGGGACACCACCAGAAAGCAUCCUUGUGUGUAACAUGGCUCCCUGUCCUGACGCACAGUCCUGGAGAGCUGGAAUCUGGGGACCUUGCUCUGUGACCUGUGGAGAGGGAGUGACAGAGAGAACAGUGCAAUGUGUCACAUCAGAAGGAAAGGAGAGCAGCCAGUGUCCGACCCUGACCAAACCAGAGGGACGCAAGGCCUGCAGCGGCCCUCCCUGCCAUCUACCCACCAGCUGCACUGACGCCCAGGUGCUGUCUGGCCGAGUGCUUGACGGAGAGCAGCUGCUCAGUGUUCAGGGAAAAGCAGUUAAGAUUUACUGUGCCGGAAUGCAGUCAGACUCACCCAAAGAGUACAUCACGCUGGCAGCGGGCGAGACAGAGAAUUUCUCUGAGGUCUAUGCCUUCAGGCUCACCAACCCAACGGAAUGCCCCUACAAUGGAAGCCGGCGGGAGGACUGCCCAUGUAGAAGGGACUACACCGCGGCGGGGCUGUCUGUCUUCAGCAAAGUGCGCUUAGACCUCCACAAGAUGCAGAUUGUCACAACUGACUGGCAGUUUGCCUUCACGCACGAAGGCCACCAGGUGCCGUUCGCCACAGCUGGGGACUGUUACAGCGCCACCAGGUGUCCACAGCGGAGACCAUGUAGACAGAGCCUGCCGGAGGCAUCUUGUCCGAGCGCCUUGUGGGACGUGAUCCAGCGCAGACCCAGGGACAUCAGACGGGCACGCGGCACACUCCGCGUCGCCCCAAGCCAAUCGGUUCAGACGCAGAGGAAUGGACCUUGUCGGGGGCUGUUUCUGAGGAGACCGCGUCGCAUUUGCGGUCUUCUUCCAUGUCCAUCUGCGUUUGUUACUGCAGACCAUGCGACAAGAACCUUCAAAGUGGUCCAGCCAGCUGUCCUCAAGGGAGGGCAAAUGAAAUCACCCUACUUUGAGGCCUCCUUCUUCCCAGCUGCCUUAGGAAGAUGGACUUGAAACGUCCGUGUAUAGCUCGCAGUCCCUCUUGGAACGGUGCACAUUUCUUACCCAAUGCUGGGCAUGCAGACAGUCUGCAGCCGUGUGGAUCGGCACGAGCCCAGUUUCAGUGUGUUUGAUUUAUUGAACGAAGGGGCGUGGGUUGGAAAGGAAAAAAUACUAAAUAUUUUAUUUUCAUUGUGUUAUUGGAAGAGGUUAUAAAACUGAGGAUUAACAGAUGAGGCAUUUGCAUGUACUUUUGUGCACUUUAUUACAAUAUUAGUAUUAUUAUUACUUGUGUAUUUUCUCAGCUUUGAAGUUAGUGGAGAAGUUGAGACUACUGGAACUUAUGAAGCACUGCAGCACUUCUGCCACCUACUGUAAGAAUGACAAAUACUCGUCCUUCAUCGUGGGUAUUCAUGUCCACCGUUCGACGUGUUUUCCAGGGUCGCUUCAGUAUCAACCUUUCCGGAACUGGUUUCAUCGUGGCUGAAGACACA